AUGGUUGGGACGUCCAUGUUCCCAAUUAUAUCAAUUCAUACGCGGGCUAUUUUCCCAACUCGACCCAACUCGACACUGAUUCGAUGGGUAUUGAAUCAAAAAUCAAUUCCACCUCCUUCAUGGACAAGUGUAUUCUUUCCCAAUGCUAGCUUUGCCAUCAUGAGAAGUGGAUGGACUGCCACCGAUCAUUAUGCCUUAAUGGAUAUUGCAAGUCUUGGCUACGGCCAUGAACAUCAAGACAAGUUGAAUAUUAUUAUUGAGCCCUAUGGAAGACGCAGAUUGUUAUUUGAUAAUGGAGGAGGAGAUUAUGAACAGAGCGUGUUCAGAACGUAUUCUCUCUCCAAAGAAAGUCAUAACACAGUCUUAGUCGAUGGUUUUUCGCAGAAAAGACAAAAACGAGUGCCGUGGGAUUUGAUUGGUUAUGGAAAUGCAAAUACUCCUCGGCCUAUCUUUGAAACUCAUUGUUUGAUUAUGCCAUGGGAUGAUUAUCCGAGGGCAAUUCCAAUGUAUUUGGUCAUUGAUGAAAUGAGUUCCGUUGAUGGCCUUCCACACACCUAUGAAGCACGAUGGCAUCUAAGAACCACCAACGUCCAAUUCAACUCUACUUUGAAAUUAUUGACACCACAGACCAUGGCAAAUUUGGCAAUUAUUUCACUUUCAAAAGAAACUCAAUCGUACCAUGCCAACGCUCAAACUUCACCCAAAAUUUUAAGAUUUGACAUUCAGAGAGGAUCCUCUCCCAUACUAGCCACCACGUACGUCACCUCUCAAAAUGGCCUCAAAAACACCAUACUGACAUUGUUAAUUCCAUUGAAACCUUAUCAAACUCCAAAUAUUUCAAAUGUCAUUGAAAUUGUUCCUUCCUCACAUUAUCAAUUCCUCAUGCUCAAUGAUGACAAGUCAUUGAAUUGGACCAUUGAUCUUAAAAUUGAGUGGAUAUUGACAAAAUUAGGAAGUAUUCUUACAUCCAUUGUUGUGAAUACUUCUCGAACAUGGACUGAAUUAAUUUAUGAAUCCAUCGCUCCAACGUCAUUGGUUAAACCAGAACCAUCCAUGGCAGUUUCAUCACCACGACCAUCAAAAAGUGUUGUGAAACCCAAUCCAACCACAAGGAGUUCAAGUCGAGUCGUCAAUGCAUCGAAUUCGAGGAUGAAACAUGCGUGGAAUGUGUUCACUGUGUGCUUGGUCAUUGGUUUGGUUCUUGCUUUUCUUUGUGUGAGAGACAUCUUUGGAUCCAUGUAG